ACAGUAAUAAAUGCGAAAGAAAGCGUGGAAGCGAAUGAGGAGCGGAGUGAAAAAUGUAAAACAGAAUAAUAAAGGAGAUUAAGAGAACGGGAGAGAGAGAAAGAGAGAGAGAGGGGGGGAGGGGAGAGAGAAACGAAGAGAGAAACAAAAGAAAGCUUAUGGCUUUUGAAAUUCUCUUUCCCCAUCUUCUUCGUUAAGGCAUCGGGCUUUCCAGUUUCGAAGACGGGGGAGUGGGGGCUUUUGCCUUUUGCCUUUUGCCUUUUCAUUAAAGGUUUCAUCUUAUUCUUCUUCGUUCGUCUGGUUUUUUCUCCGUUCGUCGCAAUACAGAAUCACGAAGCCUUUUUCCCUUCAAUGCCAACUGAGCUUCGAUUCUGGAGUGGCGGCUUGCCUUACGUUUCACGCUGAAUGGCCUUCUUCUCUCAACCUGUUGUAUAGGCAUUGAUCAAGGUCUGUUCUUAUCAUUUAAGAAAAAAUGGAAUUUGAAUCGAAGAAGAAAUGGAAAUCAGUGUUGCCACGUCUUUUCAAAAACAAAUCAGCUUCUCGUUGUUUUUUCCCGAAAGUGAAGCCAGCUACUUUCAGUCCAAGUUGUACUCCAGUAUAUCUCAAUGUAUAUGACCUAACACCCGUGAAUGGCUAUAUUUACUGGGCGGGCCUUGGUAUCUUUCAUUCCGGCGUCGAAGUUCAUGGUGUGGAAUAUGCAUUUGGAGCUCAUGACUACCCAACAAGUGGUGUUUUUGAGGUUGAACCACGACAGUGCCCGGGAUUCAAGUUUAAGAAAUCAAUAUUCAUUGGAACCACAUCAUUGGACCCACACCAAGUAAGGGAUUUUGUGGAGCACUACUCGGAAAGGUACAAUGGUGAUACGUAUCACUUGAUAGUCAAGAACUGCAACCACUUCUGUGAUGAUAUUUGUCAGAAGCUGACGGGGAAAUGCAUUCCUAGAUGGGUAAAUCGACUGGCAAGAAUAGGUUCAAUGUGCAACUGCAUUCUUCCAGAAGGCCUUAAAACUUCAGUUGUCCGGCAUGAUCCAAAUUAUGAACCGCAAGAUAGUGAGAAGAAGAGAUUGAGAUCUCCCUUUAGUUGCCUAGCUUCAGUGUCGAAGCAGCAGAAGACUUCACAUAAAUCACCUUCAAGAGGCUGCUUGCCACCAUCGUCGAAUUCAAAUAAUUCAAACAACGUUUUACAUUAAAAGGAAAGGUAAGAAAACUAACUGGUUGGGUUUUUUUUUUUUUUUCUUUGGCAUUUUGAGUGCAUCCCAAGCAACCUCCAUAAAAAAACAGGCAUAAAUGUUUGAAGAUUUCUUUUGGUGUUGUGUUCUUGUUCCUUUAGGAUGUUGUCUUGUUUGUAACACAACACCAACGUGCUUUUUAGAUCGUUAUUUGGAGAUGUUGAUUUAUUCCUUUCUGAAAAAGCCUAAUAAAUGCAAGUUUCUAAA